CAGAGAUUUUUUUAAUUUACGCACAAUUCAGUCGCCGGGAGACGACUCACUGAUAUCGGAUAUCGGAUUCCGCUAAACUCGCGAUAACUUUUCACGCGUUACUUGAUCCUCUGUAAUCGGUUAAUUUGGAGUAAAAGGAGAUACAUUUAUCGUCACGAUAAGACUCGUAAUACUCCAAAAGCGAAGCGGUUAUUGAAUUCGCUAUCUGCUCUCGCACUUUAUAGACGAUACAUCCACAUAAUAGGUGAUAUAUCCGAGACAUUUUUACAUAAAGAUGAUACGUAACACGAAAGAAAGUCACACCGCGCGUAACAAUACAUUGAAACGCAGAACGGUCGUCGUUUAGCUGCGUAUCGAAUACUUUCUGUCAGCGUCAGAAAUUAUGUAUAUUUACCGGGACAACGAUACUCCACGAGACAGCGGAUCUGAAAGCACGCCGCUGCUCUCUUCGGAUUCUCGCACCAGCCUGGAACCAGCGAUAUUCGAUGUCUCGGAAACGAGCGAUUUGGAUCUCAGUCCAACUGCUUAUUCCUUCAAAUAUGGGAGCCUGGAUGCCGGCAGUUAUGGCACAACCAUAACAACUAUACCGAAGAGACCGCCUCCUUUAAUGCAAGACAACGAAUUGCUCAUUUCACCAACGGCACGUUCACCUUGCAUCGUAAAUCAUCAUGAGAACAAUUACGAGAUAUUAUGCGAGAAUCCCGACGCGAUGAAUUACGCGCCCGUGAAGAAAACGAACGAGAUCGACUAUAAAGCUGGUUCAUUACGAUUUCAACGUGAUACGCAGACUUCCCACAAGGACCUCAAGUCGAAGCAAAGUUCCUUGGUCACUGUAUUUUCAGUAUGGAAUACGAUAUUGGGAUCAUCGCUGCUGACUAUGCCAUGGGGAAUUGGGAUGGCCGGAUUCUUUCCUGGGAUAAUCCUCAACUUGACAAUGAGUGGAUUGUGCCUGUACACCGCUUAUCGCCUCAUAACUGCACACGCGUAUCACGGUAAGAGUGGGGGAGAAAGUAUAGAAGUCCUAGAUUUGAGUCGAAUUUACAUUGGCAAAUGGGCGGAACAUAUCGCCAGGAUCUUCAGUAUUGCCGUACUACUGGGCGCGACUAUAGCUUACUGGGUAUUAAUGGCCAAUUUCCUGUACAAUAGCGUCAAUUUUAUUUACGAUAACGUAGCUGGCCGCUCGGCGAAUUCUGUGCUUGAGAACGUCUCAUAUACAGAAGUUGUAUGCCCGAAGAGAGAAAUCCAUGACGAAAACGAUACUAUUUUAAUUUACGAGAAGACAUUUGAUGCACUGGGACCAGCAUGGGACUUACGCAACACAGUGCCAAUGUUUUUGGCUUUAUUGAUAUUUCCCUUGCUGAAUUUCAACAGUACGACGUUUUUCACCAAGUUUAAUUCUCUCGGAACCGUGUCAAUCGUAUACAUAAUUAUCUUUGUUCUGAUAAAAUCUACAUCGUGGGGUAUUAAUAUGGACCAAACCGAUUGGGCAGUGAGUAGGAUAAUAAAACCCACAUUUCCAGCCCUCUCCGGAUUGCUGGCAAUGUCAUUCUUCAUUCACAAUAUUAUAAUCAGUAUAAUGCAGAAUAAUCGUUAUCAAGAAAAUAAUGGCAGGGAUUUAACUCUGGCAUAUAUUCUCGUCACGAUAACUUACAUCAUCGUUGGAGUAGCGUUUUACAUAUGUUUUCCUCUGUCUAAAUUGUGCAUUGAAGAUAACUUAUUGAAUAAUUUUCAAAAAUGGGACGGCCUCACCAUAGGCGCUCGUAUAUUACUACUGUUCCAAUUAACGACCGUCUAUCCUUUGCUCGCAUAUAUGUUACGUAUCCAGUUGUUGUCAUCGAUAUGCAAAGGAGUAUCUAAUAGGAGCUUAGUACUGCUCAUUAAUCUCAUAUUGGUUUCCAUAUGCAUUUUAUUUGCAACAUUUAUGCCACACGUUGGAACUAUCGUCAGGUACACAGGCGCUAUAAGUGGACUGAUUUACGUCUUCACUUUACCAAAUUUACUGCAUUUAUCGAUUUUGAGAAAAGAGGAAAAGUUAACGAUAUGCUCUCUGUUAAUUCACUUAGGUAUACCCGUUAUCGGAUUUUUAAAUCUCAUUGCUCAAUUUUUCAUCACAGAUAAUUAAUUAUAUAAUAAAAGUUAAAGACUGUGUGAUUGCAUUUACAUGAUAUCCUCGAUUGCAUUUAACUAAUUAUGUACAUCACUAUGUACUUUAUAUAAGAUGAGAAGUGAUAUAUUAAACUUAGAUUAAAAAUAAUUUUAAAUACAUUAGGUAAACAUUAAGUAUAAGAUACUUGAUUUAAAAUGCCAAGCUUACGUAUUAAAUAGUUUACUACUUAUAAGAGAAUUUUGUGAAUUAAGAAAUGUACUCAAUUUAAGAUCUGCCUGUGAGAUUAUGUGCAUACAUGUAUGACAUAAUAUUAUGUUUAUCACUUUUUAAAAAGAAAUAACAGUUAAUAUAACUUA